CUGCAGAUAGAUUGGGUGCUUGAGGUGAGAAGAAAAUGUUAGGAAGUAAGAAGAGAGUUGGGACCGUGAUGAGUGUGGCUCGGUGGGCUACUGGUUUUCUGAUUGGAUCUUUGAUUCUGUUGCCCCAUGUGGUUCAGCCAUGGAGCAAGGAAGGCCAUAUUAUGACCUGCCGGAUCGCUCAGGAACUUCUGAGCCCAGAGGCUUCUGAUGCUGUUACGAGCUUACUGCCGGAUUACGUCGACGGCGACCUUUCAGCCCUUUGCACGUGGGCUGACCAGAUCAGGCAUUGGUACAAGUACCGGUGGACCAGUCCUCUCCACUACAUCGAUACACCAGAUGAAGCUUGCACAUAUGACUACUCUAGGGACUGCCAUGACCAAUACGGGAACAAGGACAUGUGCGUUGCUGGCGCGAUCUACAAUUUCACCUCUCAGCUUUCACACUACAGGGAAGGAGCAUCCGAACGCAGAUAUAAUCUCACAGAAGCAUUGCUGUUCUUGUCUCACUUCAUGGGUGACAUUCAUCAGCCCUUGCACGUAGGCUUCACGAGUGAUGAGGGCGGAAACACAAUAAGCGUGCAUUGGUUUAAACGCAAAUCUAAUCUCCAUCAUGUUUGGGACAGGGACAUAAUUCUAACAGCGGCAAAGGAGAUGUAUGGGAAGGACAUGGAUGCCUUCUUAGAAGACAUACAGUUGGACAUAAAAAAUGGGACAUGGUCAAAUGAUGUGCAAGAAUGGGAGGACUGUCAAGGCCCACUUCCUUGCCCAAAUGAGUACGCUGAAGAAAGCAUCAACCUGGCAUGCAAAUGGGCAUACAAAGAUGUCUCUGAAGGAGUUACUUUGGCAGAUGAUUAUUUCACAACUCGACUACCCAUCGUGAAGAAAAGGAUAGCUCAGGGUGGUGUCAGGUUAGCCAUGACCUUGAACGACGUGCUUGGCAAUCAGGAAGAUAAGUUGUUGGGUCAAGAUGAAGAUUACAAGGAGGAAGAUGCUUGAAAGAAAUUCAACUGUACCAUAUUCCCAAUUGUUGCUUGUAUACAAAUUUCAUGUACAAGAAAGCUCUAUAUACAAUCUUCA